AUGGCCGCUCUGCCCGAGCCUCCCCCCGAUACCCGGCGCCGCGCUGCCCGAGUCUUCGCCCGGUCCCCGGGGCCCCGCUGCCCGAGUCUCCCCCGGUCCCAGGGCCGCACUGCCCGAGUCCGCCCCCGAUGCCCGGGGCCGCGCUCUCCGAGUCUCCCCCUCGGUCCCAUGGCCGCUCUGCCCGAGCCUCCCCCCGAUACCCGGCGCCGCGCUGCCCGAGUUUCUCUGCUUCUCUCCCCAGUCUCUGUCACCCUGGAUGUGGAAACGGCGCAUCCGGCGCUCGAUGUGUCUGAGGAUCGGAAGAGUGUGAGAUACACCGAUACCCGGAGGGAUCUCCCUGACACCGGGAAGAGGUUCACAGACUGGGCUUGUGUGCUGGGAUCGGAGGGAUUCACAUCGGGGAGACAUUACUGGGAGGUGGAGGUGAUGGGGAAUCGGUGGUGGUAUCUGGGAGUCGCCGCAGAGUCUGUGAUGAGGAAGGGAAAGUUCACAGUGAGUCCGGAGACCGGAUUCUGGAUCAUCGGGCGGUUUGAUGACGUGUUCGGGGUUCUCACCUCCCCUGUGUCCCGUCUCUCUGCCGAUCCCAUCCCCGGGAGGGUGGGAGUUUAUCUCAGUUACGAGUCCGGGACAGUUUCAUUUUACGACGCGGAGACCAAGUCCCAUCUCCACACCUUCACUGGGAAUAAAGUCACGGAGAAACUUUAUCCUUUCUUCGGGUUUGGAUAUGAAAACGAAUGGCUGAGAAUCUGCUCCGGUUCCGCUGCGGGUCUGUAAACGGGUCGGGUCCCGGGACCGGUGUCAGGAGUCAGUCAGUGUAAAUAUAAAUGUGCGGAGAGUGAAAUAAACACGAUGUGAGAAUUAUCGAUCCAUUAAUUUUAACUGCUUUACCGCAUCCGUCAACGGAACAGAAACACUGCGGAUUCAGCAGCAGCCGCGGGCGGCGGGUCCUGAGCUCCCCGGCUCCUCCGGGUGCUAAAGUCCACCGGGACUGACAGGGUAACUGGGGCAAGUGGGGGUGGUACUGACUGGGAGAGGGAGGUCAGGGUGAAACUUGGAAACACGGGACUCCCAGCGCCUGGGUCUCCCAGCGUGUCCGGUAACAUUUAUGGAGGGAAAUGGGCAGGUGAGGGGCGGAUCCAGGUGAGGGGUAAUAGCUGAGGGAGGGGUGAUAGAUGAGGGACGGGUGGAAAUGUGUCAGAAAUUGGGAGGUGAGAGGUGUCAGUAACAAAGGGCAGAAGAUUUUGGAAUCUGACAGGAGGGGAAAGUGACCCCAGAGUAAAGGGAGGGAGGUGGGGAGGAGUGUGUGGGUGAUGGGCAGAUGGAGAGGGUGGGGAGGAGUGUGUGGGUGAUGGGCAGAUGGGGAUGGUGGGGAGGAGUGUGUGGGUGAUGGGCAGAUGGAGA